UACUGUUCCUAACAUCCCGCAAAACAUACGAUAGUCACAACAUGGCGGUUAAAGAGAAGUCAGAAAAUGUUGCAGAAGGGAUAGAAUGGAAUGUUGAUACUGAAGUUCAAUUAUUCUACGCAAUGCAUGGUCAUAAACCAGUGGGAGUGAACAAAUAUUUCCAGAUGGCCUGUAUUUUGGAGAAAUUUAGAAACUCUGUUAAUAAAGAUAUAACGUCGAAAGUAAUAUGGGAUCAUUUGGACACCAUGUAUGAUAUGCAAGCUUUGGAUGAUACAGAAAACUUACCCUUCCCCAAUGACGAAAGAGAAUUUAGCCUGCCUGAAGCAGAUUUUGCCAGCAUGAUGGACGAGAAGCUGAAACAAGAGAAACCAGAAGGUGGUGUUGAAUCAGAUGCUGGAACAAAACAUGACCAGAAGAAAGAGUCUAGUAAAAAUGUGAAAGAAGUUACAAAAAAAGAAUACAGUAAAGAUCUGAGAGAGAAUUCUCAUAAGAAAGACCCCAAGGAAGGUAAAGAUGUUAAUAAAGAUAGGAAAGAUAAGGAUGUAACUAAAGAACCUAAAAGAAUUAGUGGAAAGGAUCUUAAAGAUAUUAGAAGAGAAAGUAAAAAAGACAAUAAAAAGGAUAUUAAAGAAGUGUCAAAGGAAACUAAGAGGGAGCCUUCAGAAAGUAAGGAACCUAAACCUAUUAAAUCCAGAGGAAGCAUCAAGGAAAAGAAAGAGGGGAAGAAGGAGGAAGACAGAGAUGAACCUCUUGCAACCUACAUCAAUUCUGUUAAGAAAGAACGAGUGAGGGAGUUAAGUGAAUCCAAAAGUGAUGAUUAUUCGCCAAAACGUGGUGCAAAACGAUCGACAAGAGGUUCCCUAAAACCUGAUGACACAAGUUCAAACAAGUCAUCAAGUCCCAUAAGCACUCCAACACCACCGCCUUCCAAACGAAGAAGAACGUGACAUGGUAACCAUUUUAUUAUGUGUGAGUGUAUUUCGGAGUGUGUGGAUGGUGAUGAAAUUUCUAAUUAUAUGUAUCGCUCUGUUAUGAGAGUGUUUGUUGUCAGUGGAAUUAACUGGUGUGAUAAUCUCAUAGUUUAAUACUGAGUAUGUUGUAUUUGCUGUCAUAAAUGUAAAAAGUACCUGUCUUGUUUUUUAAAUGCCUGUUCUGUAUUGCUUUACUUUUAUAUGCGUAUCUGAACAGUAUGAAUAAAAUGCUAUCAUGUUGCAA